AGGGCCCAGGAGGCGGGACAGCCUGAGGCUGCGGCUGAGGCGCCUGCAGAAGCUGCAGGGAGGACACUGCCACCCACAGCCUCCCGAGCUCACUGGAGCAGGGACAGCGGACGCCCAGCGGUGCAGCCUGAGCUUGGCUGGGGGCGCCGAGGGCAGGAGCAGGAAAGAACCAUGUCCCCAGGCUGCCCGCGCCUCUGGGUCCUGCUGGUCCUGGGCUCCAGCUGGGCAGGCUGGGGGUCCACGGGGGCCGAGGCCGCGCGGCUGAGGCAGUUCUAUGUGGCUGCGCAGGGCAUCAGCUGGAACUACCGCCCGGAGCCCACAGACCCCAGUUUGAAUCCUUUUGCAAAAACUUUUAAGAAAAUUGUCUACAGAGAGUAUGAAGCAUAUUUUCAUAAAGAAAAACCACAAUCUAAAACUGCAGGACUUCUUGGGCCUACUUUAUAUGCUGAAGUUGGAGACAUCAUGAGAGUUCACUUUAAAAAUAACGCAGACAAGCCCUUAAGCAUCCACCCUCAAGGGAUUAAGUACAGUAAAUCCUCAGAAGGUGCCUCCUACCCUGACCACACGUUCCCUGCCGAGAAGCUGGAUGAUGCUGUAGCUCCCGGCCACGAAUAUACCUACGAGUGGACCAUCAGUGAGGACAGUGGGCCCACACAGGAUGACUCGUCAUGCCUCACGUACAUCUACUACUCCUAUGAAAAUCUGAUACAGGACUUCAACUCUGGGCUGAUUGGGCCUCUGCUUAUUUGUAAGAAAGGCACCCUCACCGAGGAUGGGAGUCAGAAGAUGUUUGACAGGCAGCAGGUGCUCAUGUUUGCUGUGUUUGAUGAAAGCAAGAGCUGGAGCCGGUCAUCAUCCGUCAUGUACACGGUCAACGGCUAUGUGAACGGGACGAUGCCAGAUAUCACCGUUUGUGCCCAGGACCACAUCAGCUGGCAUCUGAUCGGCAUGAGCUCUGGACCAGAACUGUUCUCCAUUCACUUCAAUGGCCAGGUCCUGGAGCAGAACCAUCGCAAGGUCUCAGCCGUGACCCUCGUCAGUGCUACGUCCACGACUGCUAACAUGACGAUGGGCCCAGAGGGGAAGUGGAUCAUCUCUUCUCUCAUCCCCAAGCACUUUCAAGCUGGGAUGCAGGCUCGUAUCAACAUUGAGAACUGUGCCAAGAAGACACGGAGUACUAAGUGGCUGACGCCGGAGCAGCGGCGGCACAUGAAGAGGUGGGAAUACUUCAUCGCUGCAGAGGAAGUCAUCUGGGACUAUGCACCCUUCAUUCCAAUGAACAUGAACAAAAAAUACAGAUCUCUGCACUUGGAUAAUUUCUCCAACCAAAUUGGAAAACAUUAUAAGAAGGUUGUGUACAAACAGUACCAAGAUGGGACCUUCACCAAACGCCUGGAGGAGUCCAGAAACAAUGAAGACGGGAUCUUGGGCCCUAUUAUCAGAGCCCAGGUCAGAGACACACUCAAAAUCACGUUCAAAAAUAUGGCCAGCCGCGCCUACAGCAUCUACCCUCAUGGAGUGACCUUCUCUCCUUUUGAAGACACAGUCAACUCUUCCUCCACCUCAGGCAGUAACACCAUGGUCAGAGCAGUUCAACCAGGCGAAACCUACACUUAUAAAUGGAAUAUCCUGGAGUCUGAUGAGCCCACAGACAAUGACGCCCAGUGCUUAACAAGACCGUACUACAGUGAUGUGGACGUCACAAGGGACAUUGCCUCUGGGCUCAUAGGGCUACUUCUGAUUUGUAAGAGCAGAUCCCUGGACAAAAGAGGCAUACAGAGGGCAGCAGACAUCGAGCAGCAGGCUGUGUUUGCUGUGUUUGAUGAGAACAAGAGCUGGUACAUUGAGGACAACAUCAACAAGUUUUGUGAGAAUCCUGAGGAGGUGAAGCGUGACGACCCUAAGUUUUAUGAGUCAAACAUCAUGAGCACCAUCAAUGGCUACGUGCCCGACAGCAUCUCCACACUCGGGUUCUGCUUUGACGACACCAUCCAGUGGCACUUCUGCAGCGUGGGGACCCAGGAUGACUUUCUGACCAUCCACUUCACUGGGCACUCCUUCAUCUACGGGAAGAGGCAUGAGGACACCUUGACGCUCUUCCCCAUGCACGGGGAAUCGGUGACCGUCACGAUGGAUAAUGUGGGAACUUGGAUAUUAACUACCAUGAAUUCUAACCCAAGAAGCAAAAACCUACGGCUGAAAUUCAGGGAUGUUAAGUGUAACCGGAAUGAUGAAAGUAAUGAAGAAAAUGAUUAUGUAAUAUACAAACCUCCACCAUCUACAUCCAUGACUACACGGAAAAUGCGUGAGUUUUCGGAAAACCAGGGUGAAGGAGGUGAGACUGAAGAUGAUUACCAGACUGAUUUGGCUUCGUUAUUAGGACUUAGGUCAUUCAGAAAUUCAUCACUGAAUCAGGAGGAAGGUGAGUUCAAUCUUACUGCCCUCGCCCUGGAGAACAGCUCUGAAUUCAUCCCUCCAGGUACUGAUACAGCCGUUGAUUCUAAUUCUUCUUCCCCAAGUGACAGCGGGCUCAUUGACAAUAAAGUUGCAGAACCUAACAAAACCCUUCCUCACCCUGAAACCACCACAGCUGGUCCUCAGGUGGGGCCCAGCUUCGAAAAGAGCUCAGUUCUCGGCCCUUUCAUGGCAGAGCAUCCCAGCCCUUAUUCUGAAGUCCCUACAGAGGAUCCUCUACAGCCAAAGGUCACAGGGACAAGCCUCCUACCACGCGGUGCAGAAGGAUUCAGAAGCCAAGGGCAUGCUCAACAUAAGGGAUUGGAGGCAAGGCACAGGUUCUCCCGGAUGAAAUUUCUAGGACAUAAAACAGGGAGACAUUUAAGCCAAGGCAACUCUUCUUCCAUCAUGGGGCCCUGGAAGCCCAGUGAUCUCUUAAAACACAAGACUCUCUUUAAGAAUUUGAAUGGGAAAUGGCAUUUGGUUUCUGAAAAAGGUAGCUAUGAAAUAAUCCCCGAGGCUGAUGAAGACAUGGCGGUUAAUAAGCUGCAGAACAGUCCCCAGAAUGCCUCAAGGACAUGGGGAGAACGCAUCCCUUUUACCAACAAGCAUGGAGAGCAAGGUGGCCACCCAAAGUUUCCUGGAAUUAGACAUAAAUUUCUACAAACAAGACCUGGAGGAAGCAGUAGAGUGAAGAACAGCACUUUUCUCAUUCGGACACGAAAAAGGAAGCCUACACACCACGCUCCUCUCUCUCCAAGGAACUUUCCCAGAGGAGAGGGCAACCUCAUCCUCCCAGACGCCCUUCACAAGGCCAAGGAGACUUCUCUUCCCACCGACCUCGGCCAGACAUUGCCCCGUGGGAAUCUCAGCCUGGCAGCCUCACUUCCCAACCAUAAUCUCAGUCUCCCAGACAGCACUGGUCAGACAAGCUUCUCGCCAGACAUGUAUCAGACAAUGCCCCCUGAACAGUUCUACCAAACGUUCCCGAGUCAAGACUCUGAUCAAACACAGUUCCCUCCAGGCCCCAGUCAAGAAGCUUCUCCAGAGUCUGGCCAGAUGCCUGACUAUGAUGGAGGAACCCAGUCCUUCCCUACCAACACUGGACAAGUGUCCCCUUCCUUAGAACGUGAAGUCUGGCAGACAGCCAUCUCUCCAGAACUUAGUCAGACGACCCUUUCCCCUGACCUCGGCCAGACGACCCUUUCCCCUGACCUCGGCCAGACGACCCUUUCCCCUGACCUUGGCCAGAUGACCCUUUCCCCUGACCUUGGCCAGACGACCCUUUCCCCUGAUAUCAGCCAGACGACCCUUUCCCCUGACCUUGGACAGAUGACCCUUUCCCCUGAUCUUGGCCAGACGACCCUUUCCCCUGACAUCGGCCAGACGACUCUUUCCCCUGACCUUGGCCAGAUGACCCUUUCCCCUGAUCUUGGCCAGACGACCCUUUCCCCUCACCUCGGCCAGACGACCCUUUCCCCUGACAUCGGCCAGACGACCCUUUCCCCUGACCUUGGCCAGAUGACCCUUUCCCCUGACCUUGGCCAGAUGACCCUUUCCCCUGAUCUUGGCCAGACGACCCUUUCCCCUCACCUCGGCCAGACGACCCUUUCCCCUGACAUCGGCCAGACGACCCUUUCCCCUGACCUCGGCCAGACGACCCUUUCCCCUGAUCUUGGCCAGAUGACCCUUUCCCCUGACAUCGGCCAGAUGACCCUUUCCCCUGACCUCGGCCAGAUGACCCUUUCCCCUGACCUCAGCCAGGAGACCCUCUCUCCAGACUUCAGACAUGCAACUCUCUCUCCAGACAUCACUCAGACAGGCCUUCCUCCUGAUCUCAGGCAGACAUCACCUCCUCCAGACCUUGGUCAAACAGCCUACACUUCCGAAUCCAGUCCGUCCUCGCCUCUUCCAGAAUUUGAUCCUAAUUUUCCUUAUUCAGACUUUGGUCAGAUGCCUUCUCCGCAACCAUCUCCUUCACUAAAUAGCACUUUGAUAGCAAGUGAAUUUAAUCCACCCAUUGUGUUUGGCUUCAGUGGAGAAGAUGGAGAGUACAUUGAGAUUACACCGAGGAAGAAACAACAGAGCAGUGAAGAAGACACUUUUGAAAUAGAUUGUGUGACCUACGAUGACCCUUACCAAACCGAUAUUAGGAUAGACACCAAAUCCUCCAGAAAUCCGGACCGCAUUGCAGCAUCCUACCUCCGCAGCAGCUACGGGAACAAAAAGUAUUACUACAUUGCUGCGGAAGAAAUAUCCUGGGAUUACGCAAAAUACGCACAAAGUGACAUGGAUAACGAAGACACUGAUGAGCUUCCAGAGGACACCAUAUACAAGAAAGUUGUUUUCCGAAAGUACCUGGAUAGCACUUUCACCCAACGGGACCCUCGGGGAGAGUCUGAAGAGCAUCUUGGCAUUCUUGGUCCUGUUAUUAGAGCUGAGGUGGAUGACGUUAUCCAAGUUCGUUUUAAAAACUUAGCAUCCAGACCGUAUUCUCUUCAUGCCCAUGGGCUUUCCUAUGAAAAGUCGUCGGAGGGAAAGACUUAUGAAGAUGAGUCUUCCAAGUGGUUUCAGGAAGACAAUGCUGUUCAGCCAAACAGCAGCUACACCUACGUGUGGCACGCCACCGGGAGAGCGGGGCCGGAGAACCCUGGCUCCGCCUGCCGGGCGUGGGCCUACUACUCAGCAGUGAACACGGAACGGGACAUCCACUCGGGCCUGAUAGGCCCCCUUGUGAUCUGCCGGAAAGGAACGCUGAACAGGGAGAGCGGAAUGCCCGUGGACAUGAGGGAGUUCAUCUUGCUUUUCAUGGUCUUUGAUGAAAAGAAGAGCUGGUACUAUGACAAGAAGCACCAAAGUUCCUGGAGACGUGGAUCCUCAGAAGCAGAACCCUCCCACACGUUCCAUGCCAUCAACGGGAUGAUUUACAAGUUGCCUGGCCUGAGGAUGUACGAGCAGGAGUGGGUGAGGUUGCACCUGCUGAACCUGGGCGGCUCCCGGGACAUCCACGUGGUUCACUUUCACGGCCAGACCCUGCUGGAAAACGGCACUCAGCAGCACCAGCUCGGCGUCUGGCCCCUGCUGCCUGGUUCAUUUAAAACUCUUGAAAUGAAGGCAUCAAAACCUGGCUGGUGGCUCCUAAACACGGAGGUUGGAGAAAACCAGAUAGCAGGGAUGCAAACGCCAUUUCUCAUCAUAGACAGAGAAUGCAAGAUGCCACUGGGUCUGAGCACAGGCCUCAUAGCUGAUACCCAGAUCAAGGCGUCGGAGUUUGUGGGUUACUGGAAGCCCAAAUUAGCAAGAUUAAACAAUGGUGGAUCAUAUAAUGCAUGGAUGACAGAAAAAACUUCAGAAUUUGACUCUAAACCUUGGAUCCAGGUGGACAUGCAAAGGGAAGUCGUAUUCACAGGCAUCCAGUCCCAAGGUGCAAAACAUUACCUGAAGUCCUACUUCACCACCGAGUUCCGUGUGGCCUACAGCUCCGACCAGACCAACUGGCAGAUUUUCAAAGGGAACAGCACAAGGAACGUGAUGUAUUUUGAUGGCAACUCCGACGCCUUUACAGUAAAAGAAAAUCUGUUUGACCCACCGAUUGUGGCAAGAUACAUUAGGGUCUAUCCAACCAGAUUCUACCACAGACCUGCCCUGCGCCUGGAGCUGCAAGGCUGUGAGAUUAACGGAUGCUCCACCCCACUGGGUUUGGAAAGUGGGAAGAUAGAAGACACGCAAAUCACAGCUUCCUCGUUUAAAAAGUCCUGGUGGGGAGAUUACUGGGAACCCUCCCGUGCCCGCCUGAAUGCCCAGGGUCGGGUGAAUGCCUGGCAAGCCAAGGCAAACAACAACAAGCAGUGGUUACAAAUCGAUCUGCUCAAAAUCAAGAAGAUAACUGCGAUUGUUACACAGGGUUGCAAGUCCCUCUCCUCUGAAAUGUACGUGAAGAGCUUCGCCGUCCACUACAGUGACCAGGGAGUGGAAUGGAAGCCUUACAGGCAGAAAUCCUCCAUGGUGGACAAGAUUUUUGAAGGAAAUAGUAAUAUCAAAGGGCAUGUGAAGAACUUUUUCAACCCUCCAAUCAUUUCCAGGUUUAUCCGUAUCAUUCCGAAAACGUGGAAUCAAAGUAUUGCCCUUCGCCUGGAGCUCUUCGGCUGUGAUAUUUACUAGAAUUGAAUAUUCAGAGAGACAGGAAGGACUCUUAAAUGUAUCAAGCCACUUAGAGUGGGCAAUGUAUUUUAUAGCUAUGUUAAAUUCUCUAUUAGAGAAUAAAAUUUUAUAUGUGAAA